UAGUGAUGACGAGAUGAAGCCGAGGCUUCGGAGCGUGUGUCGAGUAAUCGCCGAAGCUUUCUGUGAAGCCUGUGUCGAGGCUUGUAUCAUUUGGGGGCCAGUGACGUCAUCGAUGACAAACGAAGCCUCGUUUGUCGAUACCACGUGACUGCUUCAGGAAGCGAUUCAGAUCUUGGCGCGAGCUUCUGACAGAUAAAAAGCCAUGGGAUUCGAUUCAAGAUGUGUGAUCCUUGUGAGAGGAAAACACUUGUCGUUUUGCCAGUUUUGGUUGUACGAUAUUUUUGCUACUUGCAAAGUUAGAAUGGAGCCAGCUAAGAAGAGAAAGACUUCCCCUAUGUGGGAAUACUUUGAUCAGAUUUCACACAAUAAGGUGAAGUGUUUAUUGUGCUCCAGGGAACUGGGGUACAGUAACAAUACUUCAUCCAUGCUAAGGCAUUAUCGUGCCAUGCAUGAGAUGAAGGAGGGACAUGCAGGUGAUGCAGGUGGACCUGCUCAAGGUACCAGGCCUACCAGAAAACAGGAUCUGGAUGAGGCCUUGGUCAACCUGAUUGUGAAGGAUACACAGCCAUUCAGUGUUGUGGAGGAUGUGGGAUUCAGGGCAUUUGUGGCCUUAUUGGAUCCAAACUAUGUCAUCCCCAAGCGACAGGCUGUUAAGGCUAUGGUGGAGGCCAAGUAUGCUCUAGAAAGGAGCAAGGCCAUAGCUGACAUGCAGAAGGUGGUUGCAGUGAGCUUGACCUCUGACAUGUGGACCUCCAUCAAUAUGGAUGCCUAUCUGGCUGUAACCUGCCACUUUGUUGACGACAACACACGUCUUAAUUCUGUGUUGUUAGGGGUCCAACAAUUUCCCCAAACACACACUGCUGAAAACCUGGCCAGAGUGAAAACCUCCCUCAUGGAGGAAUGGGGAAUCACAGACAAGGUCACUUGCCUUGUGACGGAUGGUGCAGCCAAUAUGAUCUCCUGUGGCAAACACUUAAAGCUACGUCAUGCAAUAUGCAUUGCACAUACACUGAAUUUGAUUGUCAAAAAAUCUCUUGACAUGACCCCUGUGCUGAGUGAUAUCCGGGCCAAGUCAAGAAAACUGGUGGGAUUUUUCAGGAGCAGCACCCUUGCUAAGGAGAAGCUUGUAUCGGUGCAAAGGCAAAUGGGAAGGCCCACACUGAAGCUCCUGCAAGAGGUGGAGACCCGCUGGAACAGCACAUAUCACAUGCUGCAACGUCUGGUGGACCUCAGAGAGCCAGUUGGUGCGGCAUUAGCCAGCUUGAACACUGACAUCACCACACUGACCUCUGCCGAGUUCACCACCAUAAGUGGGUGCCUCUCUCUGCUGUCCGGAUUCAAUGAUGCCACCAUUGAGCUGUCUGAGGAGAAAAAUGUAUCCGGGUCCAAGGUUGUGCCCCUCCUCAAAAUGCUGGAGCAAAUGCUUCAAGAGGAGAUGGCAAAAACUGCAGAAGCAGUGGCAAAAGAAAUGGGAGAACACCUAUUAAGGCAGCUAAGAGAGAGGCUCCACACACUCCAAUCAAUGAGCAUAAUGUCAUUGGCAACACUACUGGACCCUAGGUUCAAAUUGAUCGGGUUUUUUAGCCCUUCAAAAGCUGCAGAAGCCACAAAAAGGCUUGUGGCUGAAUGUGGUGCACUGAUCCGAACACCUGAAGAUGUGCAGCCAGAAGAAAAUCCAUCCACAUCUCAACCUGAACAAGAAAUCCCAGGAAACAAACUCUGGCAAAAAUUGGAUCGGACUGUAAAGCUGUCCAGAAAGACCAAGAAUCCAACAGCUGACGCAACUGUUGAAGUCCAGCGGUACCUGGCUGAACCAAAUAUCGGACGCUUGGAGGACCCUCUGAACUACUGGCAGACACAAAGACAUGUGGGGUCUUGUGAGCACAUGAAGCCCAUGAUGAAGCUUCAUGAGAUGAACCUUUUAGCGAACCGAUUUGCUGGAAAGCUUCAAAGCUUCAUGAGGCUUCAUCUCGUCAUCACUACGGAAAACUACUAA